GCGGAAGCUGUCACAUAAACAGAAAACUAGCACAAAGCUGGAGCACAAACGUACUAAAACACACUUACAUUUGUCAUUUUGCCAUUUAUUUUCCGAGCAUACAGCAUAUUAGCGCAUGGUGAGUCAUGUCAUCAAGCCAUACAAAGGACUCUAGCUUUUUAGGAGGCAGGAUACCUCCUGAAAUCGAGUCAAUGUCGAAAAACCUGAAGGAUGUGGACCAAGAGAUGUUCAGGAAAAUACUGAAAGCUGUGGUGAGCGCCCUGGAGGGGAAGGACUGCAGAGAGGUGAUGAAGACUAUAGCAGAGGCCAGCAGCAUCCCACAGGACCGACUCAGUCACAUAGUAGCCGGGAUGUACAGAGUGCUGUCUGAGGCCAUCCGCAUCCCCACAUCAUCACUCAAACAGGAGGCCUUUAGAGAAGAUCUCAGAGAGCUGAGGAUACCUGAAGAAUUUAUCACAGAUUUCUCCAGUGUGGUUUUUGGCAGCAGGCGUGCAGCUCUAGAUGCAGCAACCUCCCAGAAUGAUCCACAACUUCCCACAGUGGAAGACUUUAAAUGGAGAGUGGAUGUUGCCAUUUCGACAAGCUCUUUAGCCCGGGCUCUGCAGCCGUCUGUUCUGAUGCAGAUGAAACUAUCAGACGGGAGCUUGCACCGCUUUGAGGUGCCUGUGUCUAAAUUCCAGGAGCUCCGGUACAACGUGGCUCUGAUUCUCAAAGAGAUGAACGAUCUGGAGAAGAGGAACAUUCUCAAAAUCCAAGAUUGAUUGACCACACUGGCACGAUAUUUAAUGAAGCUGUAAGCCUCUUGACUUCCUUUUGGAAAGUUAGUGGAAUUUUGUAAGUUGUGCCAAUUGCUUCUCAUUUGAAUCAUUUAUCAUAUGAUAUGAUAAAAAUAAUCUGCCUGUCAUAAUGUUAUGAUGUGAUGCUGUUGGCAUCCAACAUAUUUGACUGUUGACAGAGUGAUAAGAAUAGUUAGUCAGCUGGUGUCAGUGACAAAAAGACUCACAGACUGCAUUUCAAACUCUAUCACCCUCGUCCUUACCUUGAUGCAAACUGUACAUAUUAGCAUUAUUCAAUUUUAGAGAUUGCUGAGAGAUUUGAGACAGCUGCAAAGCGUCCAGUGUGCCAAAACACAAACGCAGUAAAGUGAGCUCUCAGAUACUCUCUCACUGAGAAGCCCUUCUUAACCGGAGUCUUGUGAUCUGCUCGGUUUGAGAGUGAACAUUUUGUUCACAUGCUUCUGAAACACGAGGAUGUGCAAGUCAAAGGAUGAACGAGGAAGAUUUUUUUUCCUACUCAUGUUUUUGUACAUAUAAUUCAAACCAGUGACAGAACAAAGGAGCACUAUUGUAUAAAAAGUGCAAUGAUGAUUUUUUUAUUUUGUAUGUUUUCCUAACUAACAUCAAUAACUUUAACCUCUCCAACCACAUGUAUCUAAUAAAAUCUGUCUAUUCCUGCA